AUGAGACUAACAUCGUCACUGUCAUUUGUGACCCUCCUUCUCCAUCUGCACCAUAAUGAUGUCCUUUCAAAAUGCACUCUUGGAAAAGACGAGUUACUUAUCAUGAAUCUAAAGUCUAGUUACCUUUUUUUAGGAGAAAUAACAGUGCUAAUGGUCGGUCUCGGACAAAAAGCAUCUUUCAUUACUAACGCUCGUCCCCCUUUGCCGUCUGCUUUCCUGCUUCCUACGCCAAGCACACCAGCGACAACCACCUCCAGCACCGCCCUACGCUACCGCCGCCCUUCUCCCACCUUGACCCUCCGUCAGCGACAGCCAUCUAUCGGUUUUCAUGAAAAUGGCAAAAUCAAAGCAGAAGCAACCUCCAAACGACUUCGAGGAAUGUGUACAAGACGGUUGGGUGGCAGUCCAUUACAGCCAAUAGCCAUCCAAGAAGUUGACGAUCAUAUUGCACCUUCACAGCCUGAUCCACCCAUGCCAUUGCCAUUAGUCAACACAAAACCCAUCACGACACUUUCCAGCCCACGAAAGUUGAUGAACCAUAGGGGUAAAUUAGUAAACUCACAUUACAAGAUCCCGAAACCAAGAAAAUAUUGUGGGAAUUUGGUGAAUGGACACAUGUUGGUGAAUACAAAGAUGAGGGCUUUGAAUCUUGAGAGAAAGCUUAAGAGAGCAGGUGGGCUCAACAGUUGGCUUGUGUCUUUGGGACUCGGUCAAUUUGUCAAGAUUUUUAGGUGCAAACGUGUUGGCAAGAUGCAAUUGGUCAAUCUCACCAUGAAGAAGCUCAAAGAUAUGGGUGCAGUUGCAGUUGGACCUAGAAGAAAAUUAAUGCAUGCUAUUGAUUGCCUUUGGUAA